AUGGCUUCUCAUUCGUACAGCCUCCGAAGCAGGUUGAAUUCUCAAACCCCCUCCUUACGCACAACACCCACCGGUUCCCCCGUCAUCCCCAAGCUCGGGGUUGGGUCUCCUCGCAAACCACGAUCUUCUGAUAUAGCCCUGCAAUUACAGAAAGUGAUCGGCACCACCACAACCAGUCCAAGUGGACUCGCAUGUUGUCCAUCAACUGAAACAUAUGCUUACUGCGCAGGCGCUGUUGCAGUGUUGGCAAAAGUGGGCUCAGACCAGAAACUUUCGCACCGAUACUACAAGGCCCGCCCAACGGCGCCAUCUAUAAACCCGCCCACUUCCCAUUAUGAAGGCUCUCCAGCCGCCUCGCCGUCCCGGAGAAGGACCAGCUUCGCACCGUCAAGGGGGUCCGAAGAUUACAAUGGCGGUUCGUUCGGGCGUGACUGGAUGGAAGAGUCAGGAGGGCAGACGUGGACCGCAAGGGAACGGAUAAAAUCUACAUCCUGUGUUGCGUUGGAUUCGGAUGGCCGAUGGCUUGCGGUAGGAGAAUCUGGGUACAAUCCCCGUGUCCUGCUGUAUUCUACUGCCGAGGACGCGUCAGGCGAGAUCCCGACCUCGGUGGUGACGGAUCACACACAUGGCGUCCGCUGCAUAGCUUUCAGCGCUGACAUGAGAUAUCUGGCUACACUGGGAAAUCUGAAUGACGGCUUCCUAUUCAUAUGGUCGCUUAACUCGAGGACGGGCCAAUUGAGUCUGCAUUCCGCCAACAAGUGCACCACUAAUAUCUGUGACAUGACGUGGUGCGGCGACAAUCUGAUUACCGUUGGGACAAGGCAUGUCAAAGUUUGGCACAUCAAAGAUUCGGCGAAGCAACCCUCCCCUAGGAAGUCGAAGUAUAGACCGUCAGAGAUUUUUACUUCGAGUCCUGGACCUACACCCUUGCAGGGCCGCAACUGUCUGUUGGGCCCCAUGGUGGACUCGACAUUUACAUGCGUAACCCCAGUUGAUGAGAAUCUUGUUGUUUUGGGAACUGAGACUGGGCAUUUGUGCUUGGUCGACAUCUCUCGAGGAACACUUGAACUGCAGAUGCUCAAGAAGACACAGUUUUCCAUCACCUCGAUCGCUUUUCUGGCUGCCACAAACCAAGUCUUGAUGGGUACCUCUGAAGGCUUGCAUAUCGAAGAACUUGGGGGGUUACACAAAAACGACGACGAAAUUCCCGGCACACACAACCCACUUCGGAUACCUCGUCGAUCAUCAUCAAUUCGCCGCUCUUUGGGGGUUGCUCAGCAAGCAGGAAAGUCCAUUAUGGCUAUAGGUGUCCUUCGGGACCACAUCAUCACAUUAGACAACGAAGGAAGCUUACAGAUCCAGCGACGCGACGCGAACGAACAGGACCAAUUUCAGCCGACAUUUGCCGCUCACAACAGUAUUCUUCAAGGCGUGCAAAGCCUUCCUACUAUGUCCGAGCUAGGAUCUUUUUUCACGUGGUCAAAGAACGGGGAGAUCAAGUUCUGGGAUGCGGAGGGGCUUUUGUUGUCUCAGAGGCAGGUUGAUCUCGAAGAAUCGGACGUGCAUGGCGAAGGUUGUGAGAACGAACUCUGCCGAAUACGAUAUUGGCCUGCUGAGGAAUCCUUCCUUGUUGGGGAUCGGUUUGGUGUGCUCAAAAUAGCCAGGAGCCCAGAAUUCCACGUUGUACACACCCUUCGAGCACACGGCUCGGAAAUCACAAGCAUCGCGGUGGCCGAUGAAGGGUCGUUGGUGGCAACCUGCAGCCGUGACCGGAUGGUGCAACUCUUUCGACUUGAUGGUACUGGCUUGGAGCUCCUGCAGACCAUGGAUGAUCAUGUCGGGUCAGUCAAUCAAGUUUUAUUUGGCCAGAUGGGGCAGAGAUUGCUUUCUUGUUCCUCCGACAGGUCCUUGAUUAUUCGUGAGCGCGUUCUGAGGGAACCAGACGAUCACACUGCCGUUGCGUUUCUAUCCACGAGGGUCUUGACACUCAAAAGCACUCCGUUGUCUAUGACGAUUGCGGCCAAUGAUACGCUUCUGGUGGCUAGUAUGGACCGUCGCAUCACAAAAGUUGACUACAGGACGGGUUCAAUGACGGAUGCAUGUAAGCUCGGAAACUCCGAGAGUGAUGAUUCCGUCUUUUUGAAUUCGAUCAUCUGCAGCUCUCUUCCCGAUUCUGCAGAUGUUGCGCAACAACUAAUCAUUGGAUAUUGUUCCAUGGACAAGUCUAUUCGAGUAUACAAUGAGAAAUCCCUCACUCUGCUGGGACGAGAAUCAGGCCAUACGGAGGGCGUGAGUGACGUUGCCUUGCUCCAGGAGUCUGACGAUGGUACCCCUGGUAAUCAGUUGACGAUUGUCACUACGGGAUUGGACGGCACUAUAAUGCUAUGGAAAAUCAGCAAGGCUACGUUUGCAGCUCCAUAUCCUUCGCCAGACCGGCCUCAGGGGCACAGCCUGUCCUCUGAAGGAACGGAGGAUCUACAGGCCAAGCAGAGCCCAGCAUCUCUCCCCCCACUGAGGAAGGUUCUGACGAAAGUGGAUAUUGCGGAAUUGACUAGAGGAAGCUCGAUGUCACCGCCUACGCCUCGUUCGGUGUCGCCAGUCCGCCUGAAAAGGAAGACGUCAAGGCUUGCGCUGUCCACAACAAUGGAGGACGACGAGGAGACACCUAGUAAAGUAGCGGUCAACCCUGUGGCCAGCCAGAACUGUGCUAGUAGUGAAAGAAGGCUGAAUGCGCCACGGUCCCCUUCGCCCGCACCCCGAGUCUCCUCGAGAUUGAAGAAACAGUCAUCUCGCACCAACGUUCUUGGUAGUGUCGACACUAUCGGACUUUCCGGCCCAAGAGAGGCGAAAGAACCCGAAAGGUCACCUUCCCCGUCGAACUUUCCGGUCUCGAUGCCUACGACGCCUAAACAAAGGCAGAAAUCCAACAAUGGUAAAUUACGCCGGCCGCCGUCAGUUCCUGCAGAUCUACACUUACGAUCUCAAGCUCUGGCUCCAGCUCGUCGGCAGAGUCUAAGCCAGGCGUCGACUUCUGAUUUUGGCAGCUUGGGUAUGGCGACCGAGCAGGCCUGUCGGAUGUUGAAAGUGUACAGAAAGAAACUGGCCCAGAGCACUCGAGAGACAGUGGAUCUGGAUCUGGAUGAUCUUGAAGACGAAGUAUGUGGCCUGUUGAAGAUUAUACAGGAGCGGAAAAACAGAACGCGCCCACAACCUGCCGGAAAGCAGGCAUUGUCGCUGAUCGAGAACGAGGCUGGGCAACAAGUGGAGCUACAGAAAAGCCAUCGUCGGGGAAAAGCCAAGGCGGCCACCGAGGGUGAGGUCGACCAUUUGGCUGUUUUGCUGGAGAGAACAGAUCUAGCUGGCUCUUGUUCACUUUCUGGGUCUGAAACUCCCACGACGAUCAGUGACUCGAGAUCAGGGCAUUGA